CACCGAUCGAGGAUCACACCUCUCGUCCACUUUUGCCACGUUGCUUAAGGAUUUAGGUUGUCGGCAUGUCCAGACGACGGCGUAUCAUUCGGCCGGUAACGGCAUGGUGGAGCGUUUUCACCGCCAUGUGAAGGCAGCGCUACGUGAGCACGCAGAUCCUUCAUGGUCUAAAACACUUGCUCUCGCCCUCCAAGGCUUAAGAAACACGGUUAAGAUAGACUUCGACGCAACGCCAGCGCAGCUAAUCUACGGCUGCACAACUACGGCUAGACAACUGGUGGCACCAGCCCCGUGUACUUCAUUCUUUGACUACAGAAGUUACACUGACCGAUUGGCUCACCAAAUGCAUGAGCUGCGGCAACUCGCUUCAAAGUUUCAGGAGACGCCG